ACUGUUGUUCAUCUACCAAAGCUGUCCACGCUCCGUCUGCACAGACCGUGACGUUACACGCAGACUCCCGUCUGCAAGCUAGCCCGCAAAAAAGUGUCGUGAACGCACCCUUUGAGCAGAGGGAUGAGAAGUAGCUGCGGCAGGAAAAUGGCUGAUAGGUUCUCUCGCUUCAACGAGGAUCGUGAUUUCCAGGGAAAUCACUUCGAUCAGUAUGAGGAGGGGCAGCUGGAACUCGAGCAGGCCUCGCUGGAUAAGCCCAUAGAAUCGGAUAAUGUCGGACACCGGUUACUGCAGAAACAUGGCUGGAAGCUGGGGCAGGGACUGGGGAAAACGAUGCAGGGCAGGACAGAUCCCGUCCCGAUUAUCCUCAAGUAUGAUGUCAUGGGAAUGGGGAGAAUGGAAAUGGAGCUGGACUAUGCAGAGGAUGUGACGGAGAGGAGGCGAGCUCUGGAGGUGGAGAAGGAGGAUACAGAGGAGCUGAGACAGAAAUACAAGGACUAUGCCGAGAAGGAGAAGGCAAUCGCCAAAGCUCUGGAAGAUCUGAGAGCAAAUUUCUACUGCGAGCUGUGUGACAAGCAGUACCAAAAACACCAGGAGUUCGACAACCACAUUAACUCCUAUGACCACGCACACAAGCAGAGACUGAAGGAACUGAAGCAACGUGAAUUUGCCCGAAAUGUUUCCUCGAAAUCGCGUCGAGAUGAGAAGAAGCAGGAGAAAGCACUGCGGCGACUGCAUGAACUGGCAGAGCAGAGGAAGCAGCAGGAUUGCGCCCCAGGAAGUGGUCCCAUGUUCAAAGCCACCACAGUGGCAGUGGAUGAGGAGAGCAGUGAAGAUGGGAGCCUGUACCCUGAUGGUACCCCAGUCCUGGCUGGAGCCAGUGAGGGGAUGCCUGCAGAGGAAAAGGGAACCCCCAGCUAUGGUGAGAUUGUCAGUGUGGCUUCACCCAAGCAGGGAGCCACUACUACCGUGAGCGUUCUGCCUGUAAAAAACUCUUCAACACCCCAGCCCAAAGUGGGAUUCUCCUUCUCCUUUGCCAAGAAGGUCCCGGUGAAGCUGGAGACCACAGCAUCGGUUUUCAAGGAGCUGGGCGAGGAGGUGUUGACAGAUGAAUCUCAAAAGGAGGAAGAGGAGAAAACUGGGUGCGACCCCUUAGUGCCCCCUAAACUCCCUGGCAGAGAUAGCCCUCUGAGCACCCAGGCAGCCAAUGGGGGGGGGGAGGAACAGCAAUACUCUGAGGGGGGAGCGCUGGCUUCCACACUUUCCAAACUGAAGAUAAUGAUGAAAAGAGAGGAGUCGUCUUUUCAUCAAGAGCCCCAGUAUUACCAUUACAUCCCACCAGCGCACUGCAGGGUCAAGCCCAACUUUCAGUUCCUGCUGUUCAUGAGGGCUUCUGAUCAGAGCAGCUGCGGAGAGGAGAGUGAGAAGAACAGUCAGUGUCCCCAGGAUGCCAGGGAAGGGGACAGCAGCAAACAGGGGGAAGACAGACCAGGGGAUAGCAAACUCAAGGAGACUCGGCAAGGAGAUAACAAGCGAACUGAUUGCAAGCACAAAGUGGAACACAAUAGAGCAGCUGCUACAGAGCCAAGGUCCAACAUGGUCAAAGUAAAAGAGAAAGUGGGCUCCCCAAAAGUCACCGCUUCUGAAAAGCAACCAGUGGAACACAAGAAGACUAUUGCAGAGCCAAACGAUGGCCCACGUCGGCCCACUGGCCCUUUCUUUCCAGUCCUGAGUAAAGACAAGAGCACCACCCUGCAGUGGCCAUCAGAGCUCCUGGAGUUCACUCGGGCUCAGCCUUCCCUCUCCUACAGCUGCAAUCCUCUCUACUUUGAUUUUAAGCUCUCGCUGAACAAAAAUGGCCGGGGGAAGCUAGCCACAGAAAAGUCUGGCCCAGUUUGUACUGGAGAGCAGCAAGCUGCGAGCCAAAAAGCCAGACUGGAGGCUGAGAAGCCAACAGGGAAUAUUGGAGAGGGCACGGGGAACAAACCGGAGCAAACAGCUGCGGCAAGUGGAGACGGACAGACAGAGCCAGCAUUAACAAACCCAGCCCCAAAGAAAGACAAAACCCUGAAGUCACACAAGCAGAAAAAGAAAAAGAAACACAAAAAGUCAUCCAAGCGAUCAAAGCAGAAGGAGAGGGGCAGCGGGGUAGGCAAGAGCGAAGAGGCUCCCGACGAGAAAUGCAAGAAGAGGAAGAAGCACAAACAGAAAAAAAGCAAAAGCAGGGCAUCUGAGGAGAGGGAGAGCCAAGAGUUGCAGGCUGUAGAGGUGUCAGAAGAAGGCAAGAGAAAGCGACUCCUCCAGGAUAAUCACCAAAGGACAGCAACCGAGGAGAGCAGUAGAGGCAACCAGGCCAAGAGCUCAGAGCCAACCAGCUCUUCAGAAGAGCACAAUGGUGCCAAGCGACACAAAUCGGAACCCGCCGCUGUGGCCUAUUCCUCCUCUUCCCUGCGGAAACAAUCUUCCAGUCGGGGUAGGAGAAGCCAGAGUCGGCACAGGAGCAGUGAGGAAGACAAAAGUGAAGACUGUGAGUCCUCCCGCAGGAAAUCGUCAUGCUCGCGGACACAGCGGCAGCACCAGCACUACAGUGAGGACUCUGAACGCUCACUGAGCAGGUCUUCCCGGAGAGGGGGGCGUUGCCACAGCCAGCAAGCCUCGUCAGGCAGCUGCUCCGACUCCAGCAGCUCGGGCCGCUUCUCAGAGCGCAGCAGUCGCUACAGCGUGCGCAGGGGCUGCAGCUCCUCGGACAGUUACAGUGACUACAGCGAGUGCUCACGGCAGCGGUGCCAUUCCAAACACUCCCCCACCUCUGACUCUGACUAUGGCUGCUCCCGACGCAGUUGCCAUCGCUCUCACAGGCGCCAGCACUCUUCAUCAGAGUCCAGCUGCUCACGCAGCAGUAGCAGGGGCCGAGGUAGCCAUCGGAGGCGCAGCCAACAUCGCAGCUCCUGCAGCAGCAGCAGCCGCAGCAACAGCUGGAAACGAAGCCAAAGCAGCUACAGCCACAGUUCAGGCAGCCGGUCCCGGCGGUCAUCCAGCUCCACCAAGGGGUCCUCCAGGGGAGGGAACCGGCAUCACGAGUCCUCUUUUGAGCGGCGUCGUCGCAGGGACUUCAACCGCUCCAAAAUAUACCGUUCCCAGUCCCCGCACUGCUCCUCCCGCACCACAGCAAGGAGGGAGGAGACCAGGACUAGCAGCAGCAGCACCACCUCUCUUCAGAGGACAGCAGCAGCAAGAGGAGGAGCAGCUUUGACCGACCCUGAACCAAGCAUUGUAAUAGAGAGGAACUCACUGACCACCAGGCAGCUGCUAGAGAAAGUGCAGGCCCGCAAGGGACCAGAAGAUGGUCCUACAGCAUCUGGGAAUGCAGGGAUCAAACUCAUGGAUCCUCCACAGGGAUACUUUGGCCCAAAGCUCCCUCCAUUACUUGGGAAUAAGGCUGUUUUUCCUUUGUUUGGGAAGCUGCCCGUGGUCAAAAAGCCUCUAAUGCGCCGACCAGACGAACUGGCAUCCGAGUGGGCAGAAGAGAUGGAAAUUCCUGAGGCAGAUGGGACUACUGGGGAGGUGGUAUUUGUGGAGCCUAUUCGAGAGUUCCCCCCCCCUCCUCCGCCGCUCCCUCCACAGCUUGGGGAGAACAGACAAGCCCCCCAGGAGGGGAUGCCCGCCGAAGCCUCUGCCUGCCUGUCUGAACCAGAGCCAGGCCACCUAUUCCAGCCCUAUCCCUCUGAGCCCUGCCAGGACCCUGCCAAAGUACUGACUCUGGAGCCCUUCCCUUCCGAGCUACAACUUUUUCCAGGGUACACUCCCCAACCCUUGGAGGAAGAGGAGCCAGAAGCAGAAGAGGACUCCUCUUUGGCACCCCUGGAGAGCCAGCCCAUCACCUUCACCCCAGAGGAGAUGGAAAAGUAUAGCAAGCUUCAGCUGGCAGCCCAGCAGCACAUCCAGCAGCAGCUCCUUGCCAAGCAAGUCAAGAGCUUCCCAGUGGCUGCCAACCUGGCACCUGCCCCAGCUCUGCAGCCCAUCCACAUCCAGCAGCCUGCAGCAGCCACAGCUACCGCUACCUCCAUCACCACAGUGCAGCAUGCCAUCCUGCAGCACCAUGCCGCCGCUGCAGCUGCCAUCGGCCUCCACCCACACCCCCACCACCAUCACCCCCAGCAGCUGGCUCAGGUACACCACAUCCCACAGCACCACCUAACCCCCUUCUCCCUGUCCCCGCUGGGCCACUCUCUUAUCCCAGCCCACCACACUGCUUUUCUGUCCAGCCACCCCAUUCACAUCAUCCCAGCCUCAGCUAUCCACCACACCCAGCUGGCGCUGCACCAUGUCCCCCACACUGCCCUCUACCCCACCCUGUUUGCCCCCCGACCCACAGCAGCUGCUGCCGCUGCUGCUGCCCUGCACCUUCACCCCCUCUUGCACCCCAUCUUCUCAGGACAGGACCUGCAGCACCCCCCCAAUCAUGGCUCCUGAGAGGGGGCAACUCGGCGAGAGUCCCCUCAGGCUCGGCUCAAGCAGAUCUUCGCUUUCAGCCCACGUCAAUCGAGUCCCAUUCAAUCAGAGCUUGAGACAGAACUCCCGCCUUGUCAUUGUAGAGAACCGCCAGCUCUUACCAGUAAGAAGAGAGCACAGCUCCUUAAUCAAACCAGGGUUCUUUUAUGUCUAAAUAUAUUUUCUGAGUGUACGAGUUCAAAGCAUGAGAGUGCAUGAAAGCUUGUGUUCACCAUAGGUGGCAUCUUAGAAGCUGCGAGGAGUGCUCGGAUUGAUUGCAUUUAUUAAACUUUUGAAACAAUCACGUAACCCAGGAAUGGAAGCCCAAGUACAAUUGUGCAGCAGGGGCCUAAUUGUUUAAGGGGGGCGGGGAUCAUAUAAACUGAACGAACAGGGUCCCUGAGCUCCUGAAUUCAUGGGAUUCUGGGCAGGGCCUAGAAUAGGGUUUUGAAAGGUAAGAGAGAAGGAAGGGCUGUGGAGUGAUUGCACAGUGAUUGUUUACAGAGACUCCAAGUUUGAAUUUUUUUUUUCCCACAUCCAUAUGAAGGGACUGCAGACUUUCCAUGUGUGUUGGUAAGGAGAGGCAAUCCCAGAUCUUUCAAUCCUCCACAUGUGUGUCCCCUUGAAACUGCGCCCGCAGAUUACCUCAUUCAUCCCUCUGCCUUCUGGGGUGGGAAAUCUUGAGUUAAUGCAUUAAACCAUUCUGAUUACUUUUCACCUGCAUUGUUUAGUGCAAAAAAAAAAAAAAAAGAUUUGGGAGUUUUUAGAACAGCGUGUACAUGAUUCAGGAAUCUCUGAGAAUAAAUGAAGUGUAUAAAUUGUAA